GAGUGAGCAGAGUGUGUGCUCCCUCACAGCGGACACCGAUAGGCUCAUGAAUGAACAGCAGACACACAGAGACGAGACUGUUGAGCACCACAGACACGUCCUGACAGCAGCACCGUCCUCACUCCUCAAACCCAGGCAAGGUGCACCGUCCUGGGGGUGAACUCUGCACGGACUCAGCGUCUUCUUCUGGAGCUCUGCAGGCUCACACCGUGUCUCUGCUCCAACACCUGGCUCUUUUCUUCACUCGGUCUUCAUCUACGUGUGUGUUUGUGUGAGCGUUUAAGGACAGUUUUGCAGAGCUGUUAAUGAUUUUUGAAUGGGUUACAAAUCCCCUGGAUUAGGAUAUGGAGUGAUUCGCGGCUCAGAACAACAGUGGAAGUAACAACCGUUAGAAGUACACACACAGACUGGAUUUUCUCUGGAGGUUCCUGUUGGAGUCAUCGACUGCGACUGAGCAGCUUCUCCGUCAGUUUUCCCACACUGGGAUUUACAACUGCGAAUCUGUUGAAAGGAUGCUGCAGGAACUCGACGAGGGACUGAGCCCUACCUGAACCCCCUCCCCCUCCUCUCCCCGACCCUCAGAGCCCUCAUUGCCGCCAUCCCAUCAUGAACCUGCUGUGCCGUGGGCGCCUGAAGCUGCUGGUGGCGUCUCUCACUGCCAUCGUCCUGCUCACCUGGCUCUACCUGCUGGCUGGAAACCUGGAGAAUGGGCGCUCCCUCCUCCUGGCUCCCUGUCUAGCCGACACACCAGCAGCUCAAGUCCUAGAGCGAGCCGUCCUCGAGUCUCGGGUUCGAGAAGUGGAGGAAGAGAAUCGACAGAUCCGGCUACAGCUCAGCCAAUCACAAGGCACCGCUGCCCAGGUGCCGGAUGGUAAUUAUGGCAACCAGCAGUGGGGAGCCUCCGCAGACACGGGACCAGAGGACGGGGACAACACGGCGGAGGAGAAGAACAACCAUACGGAGUGUCCUCGAUCACCCACCGUCCAGAAGUGUGAGCUGAUCCAUGUAGCGUGCGUUUGUGCUGGUCACAACGCCAGCAGGGAUGUGGUCACGCUGGUCAAGUCUGUCCUCUUUCACAGGAGAAAUCCUCUCCACUUUCAUUUCAUCACCGACACAGUAGCCAACCGCAUCCUGAGCUCUCUGUUUCAGUCCUGGAUGGUCCCAUCUGUGCAAGUCAGCUUCUACGAUGCAGAUGAACUCAAGUCGGAGGUGUCGUGGAUACCCAACAAACAUUACUCAGGUAUUUACGGCUUGAUGAAGCUGACGCUAACCAAAGCUUUGCCCUCAGACCUAUCAAAGGUCAUCGUCCUUGACACGGACAUCACCUUCGCCACCGACAUCGCUGAGCUCUGGGGCAUUUUUAGGAAGUUCACGGAUAAACAGGUGAUCGGCCUGGUGGAGAACCAGAGCGACUGGUACCUAGGGAACUUGUGGAAGAACCACAAACCCUGGCCUGCAUUGGGACGAGGCUUCAACACAGGCGUAAUUCUUCUCUACUUGGAGCGAUUGCGGCGAAUCGGUUGGGAGCAGAUGUGGCGGUUGACAGCAGAGAGGGAGCUGAUGAGCAUGCUCAGUACAUCGCUGGCUGACCAGGACAUUUUCAACGCCUUCAUAAAGCAGAACCCGGUCCUGGUGCACCAGCUGCCCUGCUUCUGGAACGUCCAGCUGUCUGAUCACACUCGCUCCGAGCAGUGUUACACAGAGGUGUCUGACCUCAAGGUGAUCCACUGGAACUCUCCAAAGAAGCUCAGAGUGAAGAACAAACAUGUGGAGUUCUUCAGGAACCUCUACCUGACCUUCCUGGAGUACGAUGGAAACUUGCUGAGGCGAGAGCUGUUCGGCUGCCCGAGUCAGGCCAGUCCAGAGAGCGUCCGGCUGCAGGCAGCUCUGGAGGAGCUGGACGAGGACGAUCAGUGUUACGACUUCCGCCGGGAACGACUCACUGUUCACCGAGUGCACCUCUACUUCCUGCAGUACGAGUACACGCCCACCGAGGAUGACACUGACAUCACGCUGGUGGCCCAGCUCUCCAUGGACAGGCUGCAGAUGCUGGAGGCCAUCUGUAAACACUGGGAAGGCCCCAUCAGCCUGGCGCUCUACAUGUCCGAUGCUGAGGCUCAGCAGUUCCUUCGCUACGCUCAGGCCUCUGAGGUCCUCAAGAACCGCAAGAACGUUGGCUACCACAUCGUCUACAAAGAGGGCCAGUUCUACCCCGUAAACCUAGUGAGGAAUGUGGCCUUGAAGAAUGCUAACACGCCGUACGUGUUUCUGACUGAUGUAGACUUCCUGCCGAUGUACGGUCUCUACGAUUACCUCAGAAGGUCUGUGGUGCAGCUGGACAUGGCUCACACUAAGAAGGCACUGGUGGUUCCAGCUUUCGAGACACUUCGUUACCGUCUGUCCUUCCCCAAAUCCAAAGCUGAACUGCUCUCCAUGCUGGACAUGGGGACUCUCUACACCUUCAGGUAUCAUGUGUGGCCUAAAGGUCACGCUCCUACCAACUAUGCCAAAUGGCGAACAGCCACCACACCGUAUAAGGUGGAGUGGGAGCCAGACUUUGAGCCCUACGUUGUGGUGAGACGGGACUGUCCAGAGUAUGACCAGCGCUUUGUAGGCUUUGGCUGGAACAAGGUGUCACAUAUUCUGGAGCUGGACGCACAGGAGUACGACCUGAUGGUCCUCCCCAAUGCCUUCAUGAUCCACAUGCCCCACGCUCCCAGCUUUGACAUCUCCAAGUUUCGCUCCAGCUCCAGCUACCGCAACUGUCUCAACACCCUGAAGGAUGAGUUUCACCAGGACCUGUCCAGAAAGUACGGCUCGGCCGCUCUCAAGUACCUCACCGCCCAGAGGAACAUCUAAAGACCAGAACUGCUGAGCGCCAGCGACACCGGCAGCCUCUAAGCUAACGAGGCCCGAGAGCUCGGACAUGUACUGACGCAGCACUACACUGCGGGCUGCAUCGCAGCACAGCGCAAACAAUGACGGUAAAGCUUUAUGGCCCUUUUGAACAUUCUUGGGCUCCUGUGCAUUAAUUCUCCAGUCGACGCCACCUCAAGGUGACAAGAGGACAAGACGCAGAGACGACCAACUGGAGUAAGUGGCAGUAGAUUACCUAGAGGCAGGAUUGACUGGGCUGAGAGGGGCCAUGGAUGAGCAUGGAUGCUGACGGGACUAGCUUUAAGGCCGGGAAUUAACAACCAUAUUCUUACAACUUGUUUUGACAAUCAGGGCUUUUUCCAGAAGACACACUGUCAAACAGUCCGUCCACAUGAAUAUCUGGACACGACGGGACCCGUGUCGUUUUGGAGAAACAUUUAAAAGAGAAGACUACAUUUGGAACAUGUCUGUGAGGCCAGUCGAACUGGGGAAAGAUUUAAGCCUUAUCACUUUCCAUGGUAUUUACUGAGAUAUUUAAUAUUUUCUUUUCUUUUUUUUUUUCAGUGUAAAUCAGAACCAAUGAAUAACAACCAUUUACAAUGUUUCUUAUUACGACUAUACAUAAGAAUCAGUUUAUUUUUCCUUCCUAUAUUUUCUGACCUCUUUGAAAGAAUCCAUCUUGUCCCAGGCGAAUAAUUUCAGAUUUUCUGUGAGCUUCAGGGAUGUGCUUUUUAUGUGUGUGUGAGUAUGAUCCAGCUGCAUCAUGUGGCUCGUCUUCAACAAGCUUACUGAUUGUCGUCGAUGUCAUCCUUGCUUUUGUCUUGAUCAUAUAUUUGCUUGCAUGUAAAGAGUUGCACUACAUGAUUUCACGUAAGAACAUGGUCAUUUUGUCAGGUUUUUUUUUUCAUCAUUCAUCCCUCUGAAAGAAGCAAAAGUCCACUAAUUAUAAGAGAUAUAUCAUUACUGACAGGGACCAACUCACACGACCAACACUUCCACCUUACAGUGAGUUGUUAUUAAAGAAGCUGUUAACUCUGAAAUUAAACUGCUACACUCGAAUGAAAAGCAGGAGCUUUUUUUUUUUUUUUAGGGUUUUUUUUUGUGUUUGUGCCAUUACAUCUAUAAUGUGUCUGAUUCACUGGAUAUACUCUAUGUGCCAUCUACUGUAGCACCUAACCUAUAACUCUGUUUUUACCUUGUAAAGUCCAACUGAAAUGACAAAUUUGUGCUUUUCUGCAGUCAGGUCACAUUUAUUAUUGAAAGAAUAAGACUUAGAGGAAUACGUCACUUCCAAAUUAUAAUUUGUAAAUCAGUGACUAACUCAGCGUUACUUUGAAUUUGUGAAGUUUUGUGUUUGUUUUAACCACAUGCCCCCUCAGUGAAUGAUGAAUCAAAAAAAAAAAGCAUUCUUCAUGAAUUGAUGUCAUAGGGGUCCAACUGCAGAACUGUAACAAAACAUGAGUUUAGAAACUCGCGCACAACCCGUGCAGUGUAAUCCAAGUCUCAUGUAUCCAGUCAUAUGCUUAGUACUUCCCAAACCAUAAAUUAAAUUGUUUAAAUCACUUUCCUAUAAACAGCACAGGCACACUACUUGCCCAUGUAUGAGACUGCUUUGCGGAAGUGUUUCACAUAUUACAGUUUAAGCAAAAAUGCAUGUGUUUUGGAAGUGUUGAAUAUAUGACUGGAUGUAUGAGACUUGGAUUCAGAGUUGACGUAAGACAGCAUAUGGUGGCUUUUGGUCGGUAUCACAUGUAGUUGUCCAGCAGAUGAAAAUAACAAUGGCCAAAAUAUCCAUUGGGAAAUAUACCAAAUUAAUUAAUAGCAUAUUAAAUAGCCAAACAUUGUGUGACCUAUAUGAUAUGUUACCAAGAAAACUCAAUCAUAAACAGACCAGAUUUUUGGAUAUUAAUUACCAACAUAUCUUUUUGUCCAGGCCAUACAGAGUGCGUCCCUGCCUCUUCAGUACAUACACCACAUCCACAGCGAUCACGGUCCUCCUCUUAGAGUUCCUGGUAUAGUUAGGUGACGGCUUCACGGAUCACGUUCUUGAGGAAGACCUCCAACACACCAGGGGUCUCCUGGUAGAACAGACCAGAGAUACGCUUCACACCACCAUGGUGAACCAGACAAUGAAUAACAGGCUUGGUGGACAUUGAUGCAUGCCGAUUUUUCAAAGGCCCCUGCCCACUUCCUUUCUGUGCCAAUGUUGACCAAUGGGGCUUUUCACAAUUUGCUUCUGGUAUGAACGGCUAGGUGACUGCUCAACAACUGACGUAUCGGGGCACUUCGACUUUCAGUGCAAACAUAAUGCUUGGCAAACUGAGUGCUUUUCCCUCUUCGCGUCUGCCACUAAACCUGUGAUUAGUCACUCUGUUCAAUAGACCACUUCUUCAUUUAGCUUAUUUUCAAGUUAUUAAUUUUGACUCCUUUUAUUGCUGUUUAAAUGUAGGUUAUUUAAAACAUAUGUCCAAUAGUUGUUCUAUAUGGCCAUAAUUCUGGAAUUUUAACAGCCAUAGUGUAAACCCUGUUUGGAUUAUACUGCACAAGUUGUGUCAGUGUUUGGAAAUGGAUAUUCUGAUAUAGUUUUGUAUAAGAUGUGGGCCCUUUUACUCCAAUUCAUCAGGAAUUUUCUGGUUUGGAUUCUUUGUUCACCAUGGAGUCAUGUGGGAAAAACAAAAGUUUUAUUCACAAAUUCAACCAACACAGGUAAGCCAUUGAUAUACAAAUGAUCAUUUGGGGGAUGAAGUAUUCUUCUAGAUUAGAAACUAUGCUGGAUUUGGGUCCAAUAUUAUGGACCUGUGGAGACUGUACUUUCCAAGCCAAGGCUUGACAGCAAGAAAAAUAACAAUUUUUGUCUAAACUGACAAAACUAUGAAUCUGCUGCAAGUGUUUUUUUUAAAAUGCUUAGACUGCAGUUUACGCACUAAUUAACUUAAGCAACUAAUCUGAAAUCUCACAAUAACAGGUGGUCGUACGUCACACGAGAUUACAAAAAAGGAGGCAUUAGCUAGGAGGCUAAUGUUAGCUGCAGUUCAAAGCCUGUUGGUCACACUUGCCGUUGUAUGCAAAUGGAGUUUUGACGGGCUGUGUGCAAAGAAGUUCUGAAUCUACAAUGCAGAUAACCACACAAACUAAUAUACAGACAAACAAGGAGGCCAUUAAACCACAUAUGUAAAAGUACAAAUUUGGAUACUGAUCCCCUUCCCACAAACACCAAACUUGUAAUUUACAGAGCAAAUCUGUAUGCUACAAUCAAAGGAAAACAUGUAAACCAGUUUCAGUUGGACUUUAAUCUAUGUAAUUUCAUUGUUUGUUUUUAUAUAUACAUACAUUUUGUGAAGGAUGGCAGUGUAGUUUGCUUGGUCUGACCAUCGAACACUGCCAACCAACACAUUACCAUCUUAACUGACUAUGAUUUUGGUGAUUCUCACCUUUUUGUCUAGAGCUGCUGUCAGAUCAAAAAGAUUGAUAAGUUAUUGGCCAGAUUUAAACAUUGUUCUGUGUAUAUUCAAUCUCCCCAGAGGAGUCUUUCCCUCCAGCAGAGGACACACUUUAUUCUUUUAGUGACAUUAUAGCCUCUCAGGAUUUUAGUUUUGUUUUCAAUCAUUCAUCUCCUCUCUACUCUUCUCACUACCAUUUGUGUUAAACAAUUAUUUUGUCCUCCACAUUCUUCAUUUAUUUUCUUGACACCCCCCCCCCCUGCAUUUGGACGAAAGGCAAGUCGGGAAGAAUUGAUUCAAAUCUAGUAUAAUUUCCACAGAGAAUAAGUCAGAUUUGGCAAGUGGUGUACAUGAGUGAUGGUGUGUGUGAUGGAGGCUCAGACUGUUUGUUUGGUGGAGAGUGAGUGUGAACGGAAGAGACCUAACCCCCCAUCCCCACCCCGCUGCCAUCCAUGCCGCCUCCAUUGACUUGUCGUUGAUUGUGGUAAAUGCUAGUGCCUUUGCUGUAUUGUGAAACUGGAUAUUGAUUGUACUGUUGUACCGACAGGGCCUGGGGAUAGUCAGGCACUCUAUUUAUUAUUGUUGAUUCAAAUCAAUCAUAUUUUUCUAUGUAAGUGCUUUAAAUAAAUUUGCCCUUUUUUAA